CUUGACUUCUCGCGUCAUUGGCUUCGAAGAAGGAGAAAGAGGAGGAGUAAGAGUCGAAAAAAGGUUAUUUCGCGCUGUUUCACCCAUUUUUGCUCCCCUUUUUACCUCCUUUUUAUUACAGACAAUCCAUGAAUAUCUUGCGCCAGGUGCACACGUUCUUCCGAGCUGGUCCUGAUCUAGGCAUCAGAAGCAUGGCGCUGUACGAGCCAACCGUUGCCACAAAGAAGGCUACCUUCGGGAUGUCAUGAUUUUGGUUCCCGGAGGCCAUGUUCGGCUGUGUCCCCGGGGUCAUCCGAACCCGAGUGGGCUAUGCCGGCGGGUCAAAGGUUAACCCAACCUACCACAGUUUGGGUGACCACACAGAAACUGUGGAUGUCGAUUAUGACCCCUCGCAGACAGACUACCCAAAGCUGCUGCAAGUCUUCUGGAAGAACCACAACCCAACUUCCAAAUGCUCUCGGCAGUAUAUGUCUGCCAUUUUCUACCAUGACGGGGAGCAGAAACGUCUAGCUGAGGAAACCAUGAAGGAGGAACAGAAGAAUCAUGGGAAGCCCAUUGCAACCACCAUUGCCCCCAUGAAAGAGUUCUACAUUGCUGAAGACUACCAUCAGAAGUACAUUCUCCAGCAACAUGCCCCAGUAAUCAACAGCCUGGACAUUGACCCCGGAGAUGAGCUCAUCUCGUGCCAUGUUGCAGCUCGCAUCAACGGAUACUUGGGUGGUUAUGGAUCAGUUCCAAUGUUUGAGAGGGAGUGGAGUAGGUGGGGAAUAACAGAGAAGACAGCAGAUUACAUCCGUAAGCAGAUCAUCUCUUCCUUUCGUGGCAAAUGCUAAACUCUGAUGCCUUCCUUUGAAUUGUAGGGAAUCAAGAAAGCAACUUAUUUAGGGUAUUAGUUAUUCAGAUGGUGUAGGAAGGAAUAUGUAAUUUUAUGUUUGUUACUCUCCCCCCAUUUCCCAGAUUGAUGAUUUAUAUUGAAAAAGAGUGCUCUCCAUGUCUUUUUUUUUAACGCAGUUUCCUUUUACCUAUAUUUACCCUGCCAAGUAUCAGGUACUUCAUUGAUGUGAUUUGAGCCAAAUCCGAGAUUUGUAAAAGAAUGGGAUUCUUUUUAAAUAGAAAGGGGAUAGUUCAUUUGUAUGAUUGCAAUCAUGAUAAUUUCUUGUCAGAUUCAAGAUAUCAGUUAUCUGGUUUUUUAUUUUUAUUUUUUCCAGUGUUAUAUUUCUCUCAUACAGCCAGAAAGGCUAUUUCCUAUCAUGCAGUAUUCAUGCUAACCUCACCGUCCAGUUUAGCUGCAGUUGUAGACUUCUGCAGCAGAUUAUUACAAAGCUUCCCUGUGCAUGCAUUAUAUGGUGUUAAUUUUUGAUAUUUGUAAACUCAGGAUCAGGAAGAAUGUUUCAUGCCUUAAUGAGCUAACUCAUUAGAGAUAAGGCAUUUCCAUUCUAACCCCACUCCACUCAUACUCACUGCAGUGUAUGGUAUAGUAUGUUUUAUGUUGUUACACAGCAAUGCUUUUGUGAAUCCGAAUGAAGUUUAUUGUACUUGUGAAGAAUGAUGUGGUUUGCUUACAAUUGGUCACAUAGUCAGGAAAGAAUUUAAUGUGUAUAUAGUUAGCUUCAGGAAUGGGGUAUUUGUACUCUUGUUGGAUUUGAGAUCUAAAUGCAUCAUAAUGCAUGGUAAUGGUAAAUGCAGUGCCCAGUAACAAUGCAUUUAAUUGUACUUACUUUGAGUAUUUUGAUAAUCAUAAUCUAAUACUCAGUGAAUGAUGUUGAUUAUGGUAAGUUUCUUUUUUCUGUAUGUCAUUUUCAUUAUGUAUUCAUGUUGAAAAUUGAUAGUUUCUCUUUGACACAGGAAACACGAUGGGUUGAUUAAUCAAACCCAUGAAAUUAAUGAGAAUUGGAUAUGUUGCACUUAUCAAGUUGCAUGGAAAUCAAAUUUAUUUUUUAGUAAGUAAUCCAGGCGAGACAGUUAUUAUGGUUUUUAAUAAUAAUAAUAUUUUUUAAGGUGCCAAUGAUAAAGUAUAUUUAGUAUAUGCAUUUUUGUAAGUGACAUGUACACAUAUAUAAACUUUUUGGUGCCUUUCUUUGUAAGACAUUUAUUUACUUUGACCAUACAUGGUAAUGUUCCCAAGGGUCUGCGCAAUUCAAGCAGAUAAAUGAAAGAAUUAAUGUCAGAAUUUCAUCUCCUCACCAGCCUGUUACUCUAGGCCAGAUUGCACCAUAUCAAAUGCAAUAGAAUUUUGUGUGUGCUUUUGGUGUCAUGUUGAAUCAAUGGUAAUGUUAGAUAGGCUCCUCUCCUGUGGUCUACUGUUUUUAGUUUUCAACAUAUUUACCAAGUUUUGUUUCUCUGUGUUGAUUCCCAUGUUAUUUUAUGGUUGUAGAAAAAUAUUUAGAAUAUUGUUUGUACAAAUCUUCAGUUCACUAUAUGAUCCAAGAAAUAUUACAUGAUUUGAAGACUGAGAAACAAGAGGCCUUGGGUGGUUGCGCUCCCGUGUGUACCUAUUUUUCUCGACAUGAGGACCAUCAGCACAGCAGUCCACUACCUCCCCUGUCAAAUUAUUGCAAUAGUGCCAGAACAACUUAUCCAAGCCGAGAGUAAAGGGCUAAAGUAGGGGAUUUCUGCACAAAUAGAUGAUAUUAGCAAAUCUAGAAUAUCUCAUUUUCAAAGACAAAUAUGUACAUGAAAGGAGAGGCAUCAGUACAACUCAUUUUAUUUACAUUUUUGUGGGUAAUGUAUAACUACACUCGAUGAGCAUUUCUCAAGUCUCAAGAUGUUGCAACAACUAAUGCCUUAGUCUCUGCUGCCUUAAAAGUGUCUCAAGUUUAAACUAUGACGAAUCAAUUUUGAGUUUAAGGCUGAUUUAUGAUCAGAUUUUUUAAGUUCACUGGCUUUAGUUGUAAUUUUGUAAUUGCAUGAUUAUUCUAAAACAGAUCUUAGUAUCAGUGUGCUGUUGUAUGUACGAAUUAUUGAUUAUUGUGUAUUGUAUUGAUAAUUGAAUAUGUCUGAGUAAGUGCAUGGUUAGCAAAGUAUUUUUGUGAAUGAAUACUCUCUUUUUCUCUGUAUGCCUUUGGAUUUUUUUUCUCAAGAUUCCUUUGUAUUGAAUUGAUUAUAAGAGUUUUUUAUAUAUUCUGGACACCAUUGUUAAUUCAAGACUCUAAAUAAGAUGUAUUUCUCUUUGCAAUAUGGUACUUUAGCAUCAGACUGUAGUGAUCCCUUACUUUUUAAAGAGGAACUUUUAAUAAAGAGACAACCUUCAUAAUGAGAUGCAACAGUGCAUGAAAGUCCGUCAUCUGAUGCAGCUUCCAUUGAAACAUGAAACUCAUGAAUCAAAGCAGUUCCUGCUGUUUGUGGGUGGAAGAAAUCAUAGAGGUGGAAUAGGCAUCAUAUGAUGUACUGUUUUUGCAUGUUUGUUGUAUCUUUGUUCGAAACAUACAGGCCACAGUGUAUUAAAGCUUUGAAAUUUA